AAUCUUAGUUCUCUCUACUUUGCUUCUAGCUUGUCUGCUGCUCUUUUCAUUUUGAGCUCCGAAUGUUAAUCCAGAACAUAUUCCUCUUACUUUUUCCAAUUUCAACUGUUUUUUCAAGUAAUGGAGUGAACUAUUUCAAGUCAGAAUGUUCAUUUUUUCCCGGACGUAGUAAUAUAAAGUAUUGCAGGUUAUUUGAAGGUGCUAAAUAUUAUUGGAGGCAUAAUUCAAUUGCGUGGAAUCCGGAACAGACCAAAAAUAUGAGUCUUGUUGAACUCAGAAAGCAUUGUGAUGAUUAUUUUGUUUGCAUGGAAAAUACGGGAUGCUACAUGGAUUUUGUCAAUUAUCAGGAACUGGACAAGUGCAUUGAUGACGUAUUUCAUCUAGGACCAAUGUAUUAUUGUGAGAAAACAUUGAAGGAAGUUAUUGAGAAAACCCCGGAUCAAGUUUCUGAAUGUGUUAAGGAUUAUCUCAAAAAUAAAAAUCCGGACAAAGUCGACUGCGUGAGCAUCCAGACAAAAAGUAAAUGCUUUCUCGAAGAUGUUGGGAAGCAUUGUGGUUCUGAUUUUUUGAGUCUGUACAAGCAGCACAUAAAUAUUCGUCUCUACAAUCGUGCUUGCGAUGGACGUCUUCGAUAUAAAGAUCGGGUUCGUGGAGAUGAUAAUAGCAUGCAAAGAGGGAUAAUUACAAAAGAAGAUGUUGAAAGGGAUUUCGGAAGUAAUUCAACACAAAUUUCGGCUUAAUUUCAGUUCAUUUUUUUCCGAAUGGUUUUUUGGCACGUUUUAAUAAAACAAUUUGAAAAA